CCCAGGGAGGGAUUCUGUGGACGGACCCCGCAGAGCCCGGCAGCCGGUAACUGGCAGCAACAAGCCGUCAGCCACGACCCCACAAUGAUGACAGCUGUACCCACAGGUCCCAGUUCAUGUCUUCAAAGCACGGGUCAUCGGGACAGAAGGAAGCAGGUCGGGAAUGUGCCACUGUCUCAGAUGGUGCUUCCUCUCCCACUGGGAGAAUGGUGACUGAUGGUUCCAGAAGCUGUCCCCUUCCAGCCACCCCCAGCCCUCCGAGGCCCGAGGGAAGAAUUACCCCUGCACAAGGAAAGAGUCAUUGCCCCGGCAGGCGACAGCAGAGUCCCAUGGUAGCCAGGUGGCUGAAGGCGAGCCGGGACUGCCUGCCUGCCUUGAAGAGGACAGCUUCUGACCUGCUGAGUGGUCCCAAGAGCCUGCCGAUGGACCCGAUGCACCUCAGCAUGUCCAGUGCUCCCCUGGUAAAGCACACAGCUGGACCCGGACUCAAGUCCCACAGACCUCGGGUCAUGUCCAAGAGCGGACACAGCAACGUGAGAAUCGACAAAGUGGACGGCAUCUACUUACUCUACCUUCAAGACCUGUGGACGACCGUGAUCGACAUGAAGUGGAGGUACAAGCUCACCCUGUUUGCUGCCACGUUUGUGAUGACCUGGUUCCUUUUUGGAGUGAUCUACUAUGCCAUCGCGUUCAUUCACGGGGACUUAGAGGCGAGUGAGCCCGUGGCAAACCGCACUCCCUGCAUCAUGAAGGUGGACUCGCUCACGGGGGCAUUUCUCUUCUCCCUGGAGUCCCAGACAACCAUAGGCUAUGGCGUCCGCUCUAUCACGGAGGAAUGCCCUCAUGCCAUUUUCCUGCUGGUGGCUCAGCUGGUCAUCACGACCUUGAUAGAGAUCUUCAUCACAGGCACCUUCCUGGCCAAAAUCGCCAGACCCAAGAAGCGGGCCGAGACCAUCAAGUUCAGCCACUGCGCUGUCAUCACCAAGCAGAAUGGGAAGCUGUGCUUGGUGAUCCAGGUGGCCAACAUGCGGAAGAGCCUCCUCAUUCAAUGCCAGCUCUCUGGCAAGCUCCUGCAGACUCACGUCACCAAGGAGGGGGAGCGGAUCCUCCUCAACCAGGCCACCGUCAAGUUCCACGUGGACUCCUCUUCAGAGAGCCCCUUCCUCAUUCUGCCCUUGACAUUCUACCACGUGCUGGACGAGACCAGCCCCCUGAGAGAUCUCACACCCCAGAACCUGAAGGAGAAGGACUUUGAGCUCGUGGUGCUCCUCAACGCCACCGUGGAGUCCACCAGCGCCGUCUGCCAGAGCCGCACGUCCUACGUCCCCGAGGAGAUCUACUGGGGCUUCGAGUUCGUGCCCGUGGUCUCUCUGUCCAAAAACGGGAAGUACGUGGCCGACUUCAGUCAGUUCGAGCAGAUCCGGAGGAGCGCCGAUUGCACGUUCUACUGCGCAGACUCCGAGAAGCAGAAGCUGGAGGAGAAGUACAGGCAGGAGGAUCAGCGGGAAAGAGAACUGAGAACGCUUUUGCUGCAACAGAGCAAUGUCUAAGGGUGGGGCCACGGCCUCGGUUUCACUCCGCCGCGGGCUCCACACCCGAGCUCCCUUCCGACAAAAAAAACACAUGGGUGCACUCUAAAAAAACCCAACCGUGCAGACGUGCAAAAUCUCUCUUUUCCUUUGAUCUGGUGGCUAAACGAGAGUCUGCACCUUUCAGAGGGUUCCUUGUUUAAAUGCUUGGUCUGAAACGAACUCCCAAAAUUCCAAUUUUCUAAAAUGGGGCUACAUUUCGAGGACCUUGGUGUAUGGCAAUUGCAAAAUGGCCCUGCUGGGUGGCCAGAGACAUUCAGCAGUGCUGAUCGUGAGUGGCAAUGCUUUUCUGCAUGAGGAUAGCAGCUGUAAUAUAAGGUAUUUAUUCAACCCAACUGUCAAAGACAUUAUGGCCGAGACUUGAAAUGGGGUUCACUAUUCACUUAUAUCAUUGCUUUAAAACACUCUUUUUUUUCUCUCUCAGGCAGAGAAAAUGUUAUAUAUACUGGAGGCUGUCUGGUAAUAGAGAAAAUGGAGCAGGGGGAUUCUGUACUCACGAAAUAUAACAAUGCCAUUGUUACCUUUUUUCCAGUGGGUUUAAUUGUAUAGCGUGAAAUCGAUCAACCAGGAGUGGAGGGGCGUGGAGGCAGAUGCAAAUGGACCGGAGGCUAUUGGCUCACUCGUUUUCUGUUGGAACACGCCCCUUCUGUCCAAAAUGCGGAUCCCAGACCAGCAGCAUCAAGCCUCAUCUGGGGGCUUAUUAGUAACAUAGAUGCCCAGGCCCCACCCAACUUAGAGAAUCAGAGUUCGUAUCUUAAUAAGACCCCCAAGUGACUUGUGCACCAAUGAGUUUGGGAAGCCCCUCUCUGGGCAGUGUGUUCAAGGAACCUUCUGAAUCGGUGGGACUCUGUGUGUCCCAGGUCCACGUGGCCCCCAGACCUACCCUUCCUUCGGUUCAUUCUUAGGGACCACACUUCCUUUCAGCCACUUCUUUUCUUAUCUGUUAAAAUGCCUUGUCCCCAGAGGAAGUGCCACUGACAUUCUGGGAGCAAAAUAAAACUCUUGCAAGUAACGGCUGUCUCAUCCAUGCUAAGUAUUGUACAUGGUUGUGGAGAGUAGUGAGAACAAAAGAAAAAUUAAGCUGGGUAAGGGCCAGAAAUUUGCUCAAGGGUUGAAAUCUAGAAAGUUGAAUGGUCCCGUAAGAAUAGGAGUGGCAGGGAUAAUUCAUACACAGAUGGGUCCGGGAAGCAUGGACAAAACCUGACCGUCGGAUAACACAUCAAGGAUGUCCUCAGGAUCUAAACAAAUCUUGUGCAACUCAGUGUUAUGGAGUAACACUUUGCCUUUGGCAGAAUUUAAGGACCAGGCACCCUGCCUUUCUUUGGUGCAGAGGAUAAAUGGGCUAGGAUUGGCUAAAUGUACAAAAGGUGAAUUCUCAUUUCAUUCAAAAUGGGAUGGAUUUGUGUGUUCACUCAAGAAGCAUGGGGCUGUGUGUAGGUGCUACAUGGACAUACAUGUGAGCCCACAUGUGUACACACAGGCAUGCACACACACACAGGGACUCACACACGGGCUCUUGAAGCACAACUGUGGAAAUUCUGGGACUCCUCUAGGCUUGGGGACACCGAGACUCAGAGGACACAGGGAGGCAGUCUGGGUUCAGACGGUCGGUGACCGAUGAUGUGGACGCCAACGAGUCUGGCCGUCUCUUGGUGCUGCCUCCUUUUCAAAGGUCCUGCAUCAAACCGACAAACAGAAAAUGUGGCCAACGCCUCUGAGAUGGACUGCCCAUCGCACGGAGGGGUCUGCAGCUGGAAAGGCUUAGAGAGCGUUUUCAAUGCACUAGAGGUUUUGGCCUUUAACUAUUCAGGAAGUUCUUUUCUUUUCCUGCUGAUAAUUUCCUGGCAGGUUGUUUUAGAUCUUCAAAAAUUACGCAGAGUUAGGCAUUACCCCUUGUAGUUGUUCUCCGUGAUUUUCGAUUGCAUAUCGUGGUAUAAUCAACAGAAGAAGAGCGUCAUGGGCGCGCUCACCGAUUUCCUGUCGCACUGUCCAGUUCUUCUCACGGUACUGCCAUCAAUGUUCAUUUGAAUGUGACCAAGAUUAGGAAUUUUACGUGCUUCUGUUGCAUCUAGUACCAUGACGUGGCACGAAACGGAGAAAUCUUUUUUAUGUUCACUUAGCGUAUCUAUUUCAGCCAAAUUUGGAAGGCUUGAGCACCUGGAUCUUUUGCACGACACAAAAUAAACACAAAAUAACACAAACAAACAAAAGAACACACAAAAUAAAUAUGCUGUGUCUUCAAAGCCAGUACCCAUGUAAGUCAAUACAUCAUAUAGUGUAAUUUUUAAUACACGACGCUCAAGUCAUGGCUGGUUGGACACUUGGCCUUUCCCAGGCACUCUCAUUUAGUGUUACUUUGUACAAAAUACUCGCACGUCUACAUGCUAACGAAGGACUCAGGCGGCAAAGUGGUUCUAUCUGGACACGGUCUUCUGGCGAAAACAGAUUCCUGCUCCGCCCUCAAUGGAGAAGAAAGUCAUUCUCAUGGAGCACUUUUGGCCCCCCAAAAGCUUGUGCAUUUUGAAGCAUUUCCCGUGCACCAGGCCUUGUCAGAGAGAUCCUUCAAAAAUGCCGUGUUCCAUUUGAGAAACAACAAAGCCAUGUCUUUCUUGUUUCAGUAAUAAAAUGUAUUGUACUUACGUGGUCCAUAGUAGCCAAUGCCCCGGAAGCAUUUCACUAACUACACGUAGUAGCAGAGGUUUCCUCACUGAUCCUUGCAGAGAGCCACCUUUUUGGGGAGCGAUACAUACACCGGCCCCCUUUCCCAUUCAUGGGGCUAUUGCAGCACAGAGAAGCGACUCCAGAAAUUAAAAUUAACUGGUUAGAAGGGAAAAAUGCCAGGAAUGAGUGGAUUGUAGAUUUAAAUGAAUUUAAACAAGUCUUUGGAUUUAAUUUUCAGUUUUCAUUGACUGUGAAUUCGAUACCAUUGAAAUGUAAAUUAAGGUACAUAAACCUGUAUAAACACUUCUACUACAACACUAUUCUUUCUCCCUGGCUUAGAUCCUUAGCACUGACAUGUCAUCUGGGGAAAGAAGAGAAAAGUGGAGUGAAGAAGGCACAAGGCCUUUGCACUGGUGGCUCAGUGAAGUGCCACCCUUGCCCUCGGGCUUGGUUCUGCGUGCUGUCCCUGUGGCCUACAGGUCAGGCACUUGACCUGUGGUGUCGGGAAGACUUCCAGCCUCUUAGUCUUGGCUUUGUUCUUGCUAGACUUUCCUUUGCCUCUUAAACAUUUCCAAUACCUUGUUUUGAAUUCAAGUUAUCUUAUCAUGGCUUGGUGGGAUGGUAUUUUUUUGUAACAAAAAGUAUUAGCAUUUCAAGCAUUGACUUCCAACCGUGCACUCAAAAUCCAGCUUUUGGCCCUGGAUGGGUCCAUGGUGCUCUGAGUCUUCUUCCCACCCGAGAAGAAGAUCUACACUUGAAGGUCCAAAGCUUAACAUUUCACAUCCAAUGGAUUAACCACGUACAUUUUGCCCUUUGUGAAUCUGUUUAUCUUUAAUCACAGUGACCUGCCAACCCGCCAAACCUGGGGUCCCGGGACCCCAGUGAGUGGGAGGCGUCCGCUGUCAGACUCCAGUGUCUGAGAGCAGCGUUAAGAGUUUCCAGAGUCAGAAUGUGCGCUGGAAUGAUGCGAUUAGAGCUAAACUGGGACUUGAAAGAAUGAGUUAUCUUCUAGAGGCAUUCGUGUUUGUCAGUAAACUGUUUGUAUUGUUGUUAUGUGGGUUUAAUUUUUGUUUAAGAAUUUAAAACAAAAUCUUUGUCUUCAGACUAAGGAAGGUAAAAAUGUUCAGCCAACUAGCUUGUACAUCAAUUCACGUCUCCUGGUGAAGAACUUCUUUGCAGGGAAAAACUGGCCAUUCCAUCUUACAUGACGACAGGCAGUGUCGCUCUAGCCCCCUGGUGCCCCAGGAGAGCCCAUUUUCCCAGUCUCUAAGAAACAUUGAUGAUUUCAGUCCCAUUCCCCCCUCAGAAUUACUUCUGCAAAAUGCUCCAUGAAAAAGAAACAUGGGGAAGACCUAAAACUUCAGCCCUCCCCGCCAUUCUCAUCCCCUCUCGGCUCUCCUGGGGGACUCGGCUCCCCCUCAGCUUGGAACGCGCGUGGCCGGCUGGUUUUCACCCCGGCUACCCGCUCCAGCAGGUCCGGUAACUCUGUGGGUUGAAAAUCCUCAGUUCAAAUUAGCAAUGUGUACACGUGCAGAUAGACAAUCUGAAAUUGGGGCAGGAGUUUCUAUUUUUCCAUUAGUAUGCUGCUGGCGUGUAAAAAUAGAAGAUGGAGAAAAGGCUCUUGAUUUGAGUUGAUAGUUAAUUCCUAAUAAAACUACGGGAGUUGUCUGUGUAAGUUAAGCACGUCAUUGCUGCGUGUGUAUAAAAGCCAAAGUUGCCGUGUGCGUGUGUAGAGACCCCGUGACCCUGAAUAGGACCCCAGAAUGAGGAACCCCAGCCAUGCCGGGCGUGUAGCACCUGUCCUGUGCUCAGUGACUUGUGUCCUGAAUUCUGUAUGGAUUUCAUGAUGACGCUCUAAAUGUCAUUCUUGUCAAUAAAUAACAAAAUGGCAUAGGCAGUUAGAAAAACACAUCUUUCCAAUUGCACUGGUCUUGAAUGUUCAUUUGCUAGCUCAGCCAGCCUUACAGAAAAUUACUCACAGGAGAGCCUAACGUAAAUAUCCCUUCCUUUGGAAGUGACGGUUUUCAUGUUCCUCGUAGUGGAGAAAGGGGUCAUCCAAGAGGAUAUUUUCUUGACUUGCUGCAUUAGUACCAGUACAUUGCAGGCAAACACAGGGGGCCUUUGACACACUCUGUGCAGCGUGGAGCAGGGUGCCAUCCGUGGGGGCCCGUCCCCCCAGGAGAGACCCCAAGUGCCGGGCUCAGAGCCCCUGUGCACGGUGCGUGGGAGCCCUUGUUCCCGGCCCCGGACCUCGCCAGAUAAUCAGGCCGAGGGUUCUGUGUUCCCGGCUGACGCUGGAUGGGCAAAGCCAGUGAGGAAGGGGUCAGUCUAAAAAGCCUAUCAGCGAACUUCUUGAGUAGCAGCUCCCUCCUCAUGACAUAGCACUUAGCCGUGGUCUUUAUUUGAGGCCAAAUCCCAUCUAGUAUCCAAACCUUCCCACCCCCUUAAGAGAGCCAAAAGUAUUCAAGUCAGUGGCAGAACUUGCUCAAAAUUAGACUCUAAGUUAGCCACUCCGAUUGAUUAUAGUAUAGCUAUUUCUUGAAAGGAAAGGAAAGGAAAAGGAAAGGAAAAAGGAAAGGAAAGAAAAGGAAAAAGAAAAGAAAGAGAAGCAAAAAGAAAAAAAAAGAAAAAGAAAAAUAAAGAAAGAGAAAAAGUCAGAAGUUGUUGACUCUGAGCGAAGAAAUGUGAUCUCUCAGCUUAUUAUUACUACUAUUGUUACUGGUGCAGAUGUCCUUAAUAUUAUUUAAAAAGGGUUUCCAAGAAGAUGAAUGGAAGGGGGGUUCAAAGAAACGCGGUGUUUUCUUUUUCAUCUCCGUGAUUUAACUACAUUUUUUUUUCCAUCGGCAAUCAAAUCUUAAGAGUGAGGAUGUUGUAUUAAAACAAAUCAUCGCAGGAAGUAUGACUGUGUCAGGGGCUUUUUACAAAAACAAACUUCCAGAUCGCAAGAGGAAGCUGGUGUGUGUGCUGACGGGCAUUAAACAGCAGUUGGGAGAGGAAGGCAGGACACCAGCCAACUUGGAUCUAUUUUUGAAGAAUUAUUUCUGUGCGGUGUCAUGGAAUUGUAAGUUGCAAAGCGGCUGCUUUGGUAAACAGACUUCUCGAAUCCAAAGGGACCCACUCCAAAACACCACUUAAUGAAAUGCAAGGGAAGGUUAAGAAGUCUAAAAUCCCCAAUCACAUGCAGAUUUUACAAGCAAACAGUCCCACUCCUUGUAAAUCCCAGCGGCGUGCCCUUGCCAGCGCCUGGGUGGUGCCUCGGUCUCCUGCCCUGUGUCCCUCCGCGUCUGAUCGCUGUACUGUGACACUGAUGCGCGUCCUGUACCCGACUGUGCCCUGGCAGAACAGUGGGUUGUGUUUCUCAAGGCCGAGCUACUGUUUGGUGCGUGCUGGAAAUCUCACACUAACUGGCGUGUAUGCUCUGUGGCCGGUGAGCCCAGCUGACGCGGGAUCAGCUUUAAUGAUGUCCUUUCGUGUUUUACAGAUUCAUACCUCUGUGUGUUACACCAUGUCACUUUGCAUAUGCAACUGCAUCACCUUUCUGAUUUUACACGUGGAAUCACUCUAAUCCGUGAAACAAUGGAAAUGCAAACACAAUAAAGCCAAUUCCACAGUCA